AGAGAGAGAGAGGAGUAGAAAGGAGGCCUUUCCACUUCCCAUUCUCUCCCCCUCUCUCUUGAUCCCCUUCUACUCUAAAUAGAGAGAGAGAGGAGGAAGGAAGCGUCAGCUAUAUGUUACGUAUAUAGAAACUUUUAUCCUCUCAUCGCAUCUUUUCCCUCUUAAAAGGCUGGAGUUUUACUCGUGAGUCCCAACUGCGGCAAGAACGGCACCCUCUUUCUAAAUCCAAUCGUCGCCAUGCCCAACUCCUUCCUCAAGCUUUCCCUCUUCGUCGCCGGCGACCCUGCCGACACUCCGACCGCCGCCGUCGCCUGCUCCCCCACCGCCUCCCGCUCCCGGCGAUGCUUCGCCGACGGCGCCGUCGGACUUGGCAUCGUCGCCGCCCUCAGCGGCAGUGGAGGUGGAGGUCGCGGGAGGCCUGUGGCGCUGACCCGGUCGGACCCGAUCCCUAUCGCCUCUGCGAGGGCCUUGGCGGCCGCCCGACUUCCGGAGCCGGACGAAGGGGAGCUCUCUGAGAGCUACACAUGCGUGAUCUCGCACGUGGGGGAGAACUCCGUGAGGAAGAAGGUCUACUUCGGCGAUGGCUCCGAGGUCGUCACUUUGGACGUCCGGAGGGACCGGGAAGUGCUCUUCGAGACGCCGCCACCGAUACCUUCUCUGAAGCCGGCGAUCCCGUUCGCCACCAUGGAUUUGUCGGGCCACUGCCAUCUGUGCAUGAAGAAGCUCGAGGGAAUCGAUAUCUACAUGUACCGAGUUCCCCUGGUUCAUCUUUUUCCGGUCAUCUUGCUGAAGGGGCUUUCUUGGGCCAAUUUUUUAAUGAGUUGUUCCUGUGAGGAGCCCCCAUGAAAACAGCUGGUUGUGUGCCAUCCAGGAGAUAAAGCCUUCUGUAGUGCAGAGUGCAGAUGCCAGCAGAUGCUGUUUGAUGCGCACAGGGAGAUCUGUGGAUCUGAAGUACUGAACUCGUUGGAUUGCUCUGUGUCUCCCUGUUCUAUCCCUUUGUUCUUUACUGCUGGUGUUGCAGUAGCUUAAUCAUAUGAUAGUAAACUAAAGAUGAAACCAUAAUAAACAGGUAGCAACGAAAGAAAAAAAAAAAGAGAAGGGUCAUCUGAGUGAAUAAUUGGUUUCGCCAGCAUUAUAUAUAGGUGCAUAGAGAUGGAAAAGAUCUGAACUAAUCCGCUUGUUGAUCUCAUCUUUUAAGGCAAAGUCCUGAAGAGAAGGGAUGUAACAAAUAUGUGAUUCAUAAAUUCCCAUGUAGCAGAGAAUACAUCAAAGGUUCUCAGAGUUUAUA